AUGCAUGAGAAAGCUUUCACCAAAGUUAAAAAUGCUAUUGCUUCGGACUGUACGAUGGCAUUUUAUGAUCCAAAUCGACCUACGAAAUUGACAGUGGAUGCAAGUCCUGUCGGACUUGGUGCAGUAUUAGCCCAAACACAAGAAAUGGGCAAGAUCGCUGCAUAGCGUAUGCUAGUCGUUCCCUAACGCAUGUGGAAGCUCGCUACUCGCAGACCGAAAAAGAGGCAUUGGCUGCAGUGUGGGGUUGUGAACGUUUUCAUCUUUACCUUGUUGGAACACAAUUUGACCUCAUCACUGACCACAAACCAUUGGAAGUCAUUUACAGCCCAAAGUCCAAACCGCCUCUCCGGAUAGAACGUUGGUUACUACGAUUGCAACAAUACAAGUUUAAUAUCAAGUAUCGACCAGGUAGCAGCAACCCAGCUGACGUGUUGUCUCGACAAUCUUUAUUCGCCAACUACAAGUCAAGUACCAUAGCGGAGAAAAAUGUCAAUUUCAUCCAAAGUCACUCGGUUCCUAAAUCUCUCACGCUCGAUGAGAUUCGUAUCGCAACGUUAAAUGAUCCUGAACUGCAGAGAGUAACUAGCGCAGUAAAGGAAGAUCGAUGGAACAAAACAGAUAGUUGUUUAAGCCCAUAUCGUAAUCAGCACGAACAGUUGACAGUUUCGGAAUGUGGAAUUAUACUACGAAAUUCACAAAUCGUUAUCCCAAAGAGUCUCCGUAAUCGUGUCCUUUCUAUCGCUCAUGAAGGACAUCAAGGGAUAGUUAAAACUAAAAUGCUUGUACGCAGUAAAGUAUGGUGGCCUGGUAUUGACAAGCAAGUGGAGCAAAUGGUUAAAGAAUGUAUACCCUGCCAAGCAGCAGUACACCAGUCACCAAAAUGUCAACCACCCCUGAAUAUGACAAAGUUACCUCCACAUCCUUGGCACACACUUAAUGCAGAUUUCUGUGGUCCAUUCCCAAAUGGCGAGAAAUUGUUGGUCGUGAUUGACGCCUAUUCCAGAUAUCCAGAAGUUGAAGUGAUGCAAAGCACGACAACCACGGUUGUGAUUUCCAAACUCCAAAGAAAUUUUGCCCGACAUGGAUGUCCCGAAGAAUUGAUAACCGAUAACGGACCCCCGUUCAAUACGGUUGAGUUCACCGAAUAUCUAGCUGCACAUGGAGUCCAUCACCGCCGAAUCACACCUUAUUGGCCUCAAGCCAACGGUGAGGCAGAGCGAUUCAUGAAAACAGUAACAAAAGCAAUCCGUACUGCUCAUUCGGAAGGAAAAAGAUGA